CUCUCCCCACACAGGUACCGGGGUACUUGGUUUCUAGGGUUUCUAGCGCUGCCGCCACUUGGGCCGGCUAGGUGCAAUGUGAUGGCUGAGUCGAAGGUCCAUGUAACCCGAGGGGAAACAGCGCAUAAGUUCAUGGCUGCCGAAAGUUUGUCGACAAUGCAGCCAGAUGCUGCGCAGGUGCGCGUUGAGGAGAUUGAGGAGGAGCCUGAGGAGCCUGGCUCGACUUCAGAUGAUGAGAUGGACAAUGGGGCACAUGCAGAGUGUCCGUUGUGCCGAGGCAGUGGUGCUGUUGACCCAGGCGAGAUGGAAAGCGGGUGGCAACCUGAGGAGGGACUGUUUGAGACUUACCCAGGAUCAGAGUCGCAUUGGGACAGCAGGUUUUCGCGUAGGAGGCGGCACCGGCGCCGAGCGGCAUGCCUUUGGGGAAGGUCUUGCCAAGCGCUUCUCAUCUCUUCCGUGUACAUCACCCUCGCCCUGGCUCUGGGUUUCCUUGCCGUGUCGUUUUAUCCCAGGAAUCCUGACUUUGAUCUGGUGGAUGUACGCUUCACAAAGUUUCAGCUCAGAUGGGAGAGAGACUCGACUGUGGGAAUGUACCCAUCGGACUGGGCGAACGAGUCCGCUCUUGACGGUUCUAUAGUGGACUCGAGACGACAACCUUACGUGGUGGCGGAAGAGAGGGCACAGGAAACGGAAGAAGACGGAAGAAGGUUCUUAGAAGACGCUGACAGGUCUAUAAGAGCUUCGGAAUCAGUGGCUGACACCAGUAUCAGGAGCGUACUUACUGUUGCGCAAGACUUGUUAGGUUGGGAAGCUUUGAACGAAACCGAGAAAGAGGCAUGGGGGAAAGCGCUAGAGACAGCGGAUGAGAACGACCCGACCAUCUUCGGGAGGAGACUCGUACUUGACAUUGACCUUAUGGUCAAAGUGCUGGUAAAGAAUCCCAACAAGGUGGGGGUGCAUUAUGAGGCGAGCAGCCUAGACAUCAUCUACAAGGAGAAGAAGUUGGGCGAGGCGCUCCUCCCCCCUGGGCAGCAGGCUGCGGCCAGCAGCACGCUCAUCAUCGUUCCCGCCCAGCUGAACGGCCUCAGCACUUUCGGCAUGUCCUUUGCGCUCCUGAGGGACUGGGAGAACCGGGCGGUCGAGAUGGACAUCGCGGCGCGCUUCACAGGGACGGUCGACCUUAUCGAGCUUAUACCGCAUGAGUUCAUCGCCGACAUGUUUUGUGACGUGCUCACAAAUCCGAGAAACUUGAAGAUCAUGAAGCGGACUUGUCAAUGGAAGUACGGCGGUCGGAUAUGACGUUAAAUAUCUGUACUCUACUAGGCUAUGUACAUACUUGAAGUAGGAAACAUCAGCUCGCAGUGACGGGGCCUGUAAUCCUAGAUAGGAUCCAGUAAAGGAGUGCUGCUAUAAAAGCAACUGGACUGGAAGUACAUACGAUUCUUGGGCCGUAGCAUUCCAGCUAGGAUGAUAUAGUCGGUAUCAUAGUUGAGCCACUAGGCUGACCCCAUCAGCUUGCCGGGCGUCGUGAUGUCUUUCUGUGCAGGUCAAAGCGGAACGUGGGGCCUGAGGCGUGCAG